AUGCCACCACUGCAGAAUCCAGAAGAGUCUUCUGAAGAAGAGGACGAAGGCGCUACAACAGAAGCCAGCCAGGAUAUGGAUAUACCAACUUCGUCCACACAAAGUACUGAAAAACCUCAUGAGGAUCACAACGCAGGAUCUCUGCCUACACCAGCUGUGACAGCUACUCCAGAUCCAGACAAUCACAUGGGAUAUCACCAAGUCUCACCAGCUACAGCCAGCCAUAGUUCCACGCCUACUCCAGAAACACAGCCAUCUACUCGUACAUCAAGAAAACGAAAGCGACGCGACUCAAUAGAGCAAUCAGUAGACACAAACGCUGCAGCAAAUCGCGAACUUAUCGACAGCAAUCUACGCCAUUCACAUAUACUGCUAGAAGGAGCAGCAAGAUCUAGGAAGCCCACACGCAAAAGCAGCAGCUUCUUCGAUCAAGCACUGUACUACAAUGCCUCCAUCUCUACCGACAUAGCACAUAUUGAAGAUCAUCAAGAACCAGACUUCUAUGGUGCUACGGAUGCCUCGUACGCCGACCACAAGGCCACAAGGAAAAGCUCGCAAGGCUACAUCUUCUUCCUAUUUGGCGGGCCUAUUGACUAG